GGCGCUGCACAUGCGCAGUGGUGAAGCGCGCGGCUCCACCCCCCCGGGGACGGGAAUCAUGGCGGAGGCCGCUUGCCCUGAGCAGGAGCCGGAAGUGCUGCGACUAAAGCGCCUGCGCGGCGGGGGCUUCUUCCCGGUUCCCGCCGUGGACAGGCUGGGAAGGUGCCGGAGCGUGAAGGAGUUUGAGAAGCUGAAUCGAAUUGGGGAAGGGACCUAUGGCAUCGUGUACCGUGCUCGAGAUACCCAGACGGAUGAGAUUGUGGCACUAAAGAAGGUGCGGAUGGACAAGGAGAAAGAUGGAAUCCCCAUCAGCAGCCUGCGGGAGAUCACCCUGCUUCUGAGGCUUCGGCACCCCAAUAUCGUGGAGUUGAAGGAGGUUGUCGUGGGGAACCAUCUGGAGAGUAUUUUCCUGGUGAUGGGUUACUGCGAACAGGAUCUCGCCAGCCUUCUUGAGAACAUGCAGACGCCCUUUUCUGAGGCUCAGGUGAAGUGUAUCAUCUUGCAAGUACUCAAGGGCCUUCAGUAUCUUCAUGAGAACUUCAUCAUCCAUAGGGAUCUGAAGGUGUCUAAUCUGCUUAUGACUGAUAAAGGCUGCGUGAAGAUAGCGGAUUUUGGGCUGGCUCGUGCUCACGGAGUGCCACUAAAACCAAUGACCCCUAAAGUCGUCACCCUCUGGUACCGGGCCCCAGAGCUGCUGCUGGGAACGACGACCCAGACCACGGGCAUAGAUAUGUGGGCAGUGGGAUGUAUCCUCGCGGAAUUGCUGGCCCACAAGCCGUUACUCCCAGGCACUUCGGAGAUCCACCAGAUUGACCUGAUAGUGCAGCUGCUGGGGACGCCCAAUGAAAACAUCUGGCCAGGCUUUUCCAAGCUGCCCCUAGUGAGCCAGUACACCCUGCGGAAGCAGCCCUACAACAACCUCAAGCACAAGUUCCCAUGGCUGUCGGAGGCUGGGCUUCGCCUGCUCAACUUCCUCUUCAUGUAUGACCCCAGGAAGAGGGCGACAGCGGGAGACUGCCUGGAGAGCUCCUACUUCAAAGAAAAGCCCUUGCCCUGUGAGCCGGAGCUCAUGCCCACCUUCCCCCACCACCGCAACAAGCGAGCUGCUCCCGCCAGCGCCGGGGCGGAGAGCCAGGGCAAGCGCGGCAAGCCCUGAGGCUGCACGUUCUGCCAGGUUUGGACAAAGAUGCGGAUAAAGGGAACAUCCAAAACAGAG